AUAAAUUUAGAAGUCAGACGAAAGGAGAGAGUUCAUUAUCAGCCGAGAGAGAGAGCCGCAGAGCUAAAAGUCUGACAACCGUGAUCAAAAGAAUCAAAAAAUCAAGUCGGCCGUGGUGCAUCCGUCGCUAUGAAUGAACAUCGAGUAUUGUUUUCGUACUGAAAAACGGCCGUUCAUUCGUAUUGUUAUUACAUGUUUUCUAUAAUUCCCAGAAAACCCACCUAUAUGACCCAAUUUGUGAUGUAAAACAAAGAUUUCGUUUACGUUAGCUAUUUUUCAAAUAUAUAAUGAAUGUAAAUAACUACCGGCCUACAGCGUAUUUUAAAAUGUGAAUGAGGAUCCUUUUUAUCGGAGCAGAUUCGAAAGGAGCACAAGCCUCAAGCUAUGCCAGCUCUCCGUUUCUUCGGUAGAAAAUGGUUAAUUGCCUCUGACGAUCUUGUAUUUCCUGGGCUGCUCGAAAUCGUUCUGAGAAUACUAUGGCUCUCUCUAAUCGUGGUGGUCUACGUGAAGUACUACCAUUUAACAUGGGCCUGUUCACACGGCGGGAUCUUCGUUCGUACUUAUAUCCUAGGCAUGAUGGCCCUUCUCUUCCUCAUCAUACUCAUAGUGAUCGCCCUGGUGAACAGGAGCGCCAAAGGUUCCAUCUCCGAUGUACAUGCGAGGCGGCAUGUGCCCCCAUUAUUGUUAACCAAACUGUUCCUCAUCAUCCCAGAAACCAUCAUCAACGUGUUCGGGACCAUGUGGGCCUUCUGCCAGGACGUUGUGGUGUGUCCCCAGGAGAGUUUCGUCAAAGCAGUUAUUGAAGCCCUUGUAGUAUUCAAUUGGGUACUAUUUGGUCUAGCUAUCUUCGUAGUAGUUUUAGUUUAUGAUCCAUUGGGAUCAAAAAAAUACAGUGACCUCCAAGAAAGUCCAAGCACUGGGGAGUCCUUAAAACACAGGAAAUCGACCAGCCUUUGGCAGAGGCGUUUUCGCUGGGCCUUUUGUUGGGUCAGAUCUGAUGAGCACGGUCACGAAGCCUUCCAACAAGUAGCCGCUCUUCUAAGCUCCCUAUUCCGUAGCACAGAUCUGGUCCCAAGCGACAUACUGGCCGGUUGCGUCCUUUUAAGGGUGAAACAAAAGCGGGAAACAAGGGAAAUGAGGCGAAUCUAUUUACUAUCGGACGAUGAGCCAAAAUAUUCAACAGAUGUAAAUCGGGUGUUUUCUAUGGCUCCUCGCUGGAUGAAUCUGGAGGACGCUGCACAUUUCUUGAAGCUUUCGAUGGCAGCUUACGGUUGGCCGUUUGUUAUGUACCAAUAUUGUAUGACGGGCACUUUUAGAUUAUUGAGAAAAAUUACUUGUUGCGCCUGUUUCACACGUAGGAGUACAAUAGUCACCGAUGACAAUUGUUGUUUAUGCCAUUUGGCAGGAGUUAAAUACAUAUCUAAACUGGAAGAGGAGCAUAUACUAUUCGCCUCCUUCAGAAACCAUGUCUUCGAGUUGCCCUUUUGUGUGAUAGCAGAUCAUAAAACUUGUAAUAUUGUCAUAGCGAUCAGAGGCUCCAUUUCGCUAAGAGAUAUCUUCACAGAUCUCACAGCUACCAGCGACAAGUUUGAGGCUGCGGGAGUACCACCCGAUACCAUGGCUCACAAAGGGAUGAUCAUAGGGGCCAAUUACAUACUUAAAAGGUUAGAUCAGGCUGGAGUCCUCGAAAAGGCAUUUGCGAAAUAUAGUGACUAUGGUUUGGUUCUAACUGGCCACAGCUUGGGUGCUGGCGUGGCCACAUUAUUAGCAUUCAAGUUAAGGAGCAGAUAUUCCGAUCUCAAAGUGUAUGCUUUCUCAACACCAGCUGGACUGAUAAGCCGAGAAGCAGCUAAGGUUUCGGAGAGCUUUGUGUUUACCGUAGGGGUAGGUGAUGAUUUCGUUAUGAGAUUAGGAGUGGACAGUGUAGAAAAUUUGAGGACUGGAAUCAUUCAGGUCCUCCAGGCCAGUAGGUUACCGAAAUACCGAAUACUUCUCAACGGCUUCGGGUAUGCUUUAUUCGGGGUUCCUCCAGGUGAUCUAGAAUCUACGUGGCGAGAUGACCUCACAGCACCAGGUCGUUCUCCGCUAUUAGGAUAUCAAUUCAUUCCUACAGUAGCUGCUUCCACGGAAGCAGCUCUUUUAUCAAGAAAUAUAACGGUUAGGCGAUUUUCAAAAGCAAGACUUUUCACAGCCGGAAGAAUACUUCAUAUAGUCAGUAGAAAAAAAACCAAAUCGGAAAAAAAACACGGCAAAGGGGGACCUAGUUUCGAGAUGAGGUGGGCCACAGCAGAAGAUUUCAUGGAACUCAAGGUUAUGCCGAAAAUGCUUGUGGACCACCUACCGGACAACGUUUACGAUACCAUUCAAACAGUCCUAAACGAACAAAAAGAGGCAAAAAACGAUACGCCGAUAGCGCCGCCCACGCCUAUCACGGAAAUAAUUUGAUCCAGUGAAAAAUCUGAAUAUCAGUAUUUUUUUAUCUAAAGUACGAGGUGCUCGAUAUUUCGAGCACCCUUUUUUUUAUGUUAUGAUGUUAUAAAAAUAUGUAUAUAAAGAUGAGUUAUUUAUACAAUUUGGACAAUUUUCAAGUAAUAUUAUUAAAAUUUAAAAAAAAUUGCAUUUA